AAAGACACCAGGAUAAAAAGCACACGUUCAAAGACAUUAUCAAUUUUGAAUGAAUAAAUCGAAUGAGAAUUGAUAAAAAAUGUUUUCAAAUUUCGUUAAGAAAGUAGCGAGCUACCUAAAUUUGUUACUACUAUUCUGAUUGCCGAUCAUAUAACGUCUUAUGCUUAACAUCAUUUCGAUAAAAUCUGCGUCAAACAUGGUCGUUUAUCGCAUUUAUUUUUGAUGAAUUUCACGUAUGAGCUAAUCUCAAAAUAUUCUAAAUUCAAACAUGGAUAUUGUGUGGACGACGAGAAGAAGAUUGAUUGUGUUCGGACUUGUAUGUGUAGCCAUUACAUUCCUUCAAUAUCAGUUAUCGCAUGGUAUAGUAACAGCGAUAAGCUCCACCAACGAACAGUUCCUAUCCGAAAUACCUUUAAAAGCCCUGCGAUCUUUUCAAUCGAAUGAACAAUGUGAUGACACUUUAAUAGCUGCUGAUCAUAUGCUUUCUUCUAUAUCUAUACAAGGGAGCAGCUCAGUCUUUCUUGGAGAGUAUGUUCUAUUUACGGUUGUACUGUUCAACGGCUACGGCAUACAAAAAGAUACUGGAGGGGAUCAAUUACGAGCACGUUUAUACAAUAACGUCCUUAAAGCAUAUACACCCGGUACGAUUUUCGACCACGAUAACGGAACAUACACUGUAGCAGUGCAAGCAUUGUGGACCGGACAAGCUCAGCUGCAAGUAGAAAUUUUAUACACAAAAGAAGUAAUGAUACCUACAAUCCGAUUAAGGAGAACUUGGGAUUGUACCAACACAUUCGCUGUGUUUUCUAACAAUGCCUUAACCGAAAAAACGGCCUGUGGUCCAGAUUAUAAAACUGUUUUAAAAUAUUCUAAACGAUCCAAAGUGUGCGACUUUUCUUACUGGAACAAGUCGCUCAAAUGGUUUUGUGUGGAACCCAGCAAUAAUCUAACCUGUUACCACUGGAGUUCUAUUGCUCGUAACUGGGAAAAUUAUACCAGCGACCUCAGCAAGUGCGAAGAGGAGCUUAGUCAAAGAGAUCCUGAUUCAAGUAUCCCAUCAAAAAUAUCAAUACAAAUACGUCCAAGGGCAAACGGCACUACACCAUAUACUGCAUUUGAAGAUGCCAGAAUCCCGUGUUCCAGUUACAAUAGAACUGCAUUAUGGUUUAAAGUUAAACCUACAGGAUAUUUCUACAAAAACAAGUGGAUACUUACACAUUGUAAAGGUAUUAAACACUUCCAAACGGAUUGUUUCAGGAAUAAAACUGUAUUAUUUUGGGGAGACUCUACACUUCAUCAGUGGUUUAAAUAUUUAAAAAAACAGUUACAUACUGGCAGAAAAUAUGUUUGCAAAAGGUCGAAUGGUCCAUCAGACUGGCGGACUCAUACAACAUGCUACUACAAAGAAUACAAUUUAACUUUAUCGUUUUUUGGACAUAAUAUUCCAGUCAGUCGUUUUUCAAAGCCAAAUUUGCAAAGUAUGUUUGAGAUCAUUGGAUUUGAAGAAUUCAUUAAAUCAAAAUCCCCCCAAAAACAUGAGUUUCUAUUAGUUAUCAACUUGUACAGUCAUCUUCAACAAUAUAAUUAUAAUCAUUUUACUUCUCACAUGAUGGAAAUUAAGAAAAGUUUGGAGCGGAUCUUUGCAAUGAAAUACAAUGUUAAUGUUUUCAUAAAAUUACCACAUACAUAUCGGAGAGUGAAAGAUAUUAAAUGGAAAAUUAGACAAAAUGAUUUUAUCGGAUUUAUUUACACCUCAAUAAUGCGGAAAGUAUUUAAAGGUCUGUAUCAUAGAGUUACUGUCCUUGAUCAAAAAGACGCAACUAUUGCUAUAAGGAGCUUUCCCUUACAUCCAUCGAACGAAAUAGUACGUGAAAUGGUUCUCCAAUUUUUAAGUUAUGCAUGCAAAAGUUAUUAAUUUAAAAAAUAAAAUACUAUAUCAAAAAAGUUUUAGUACAUGAACAUGUAGAUUCAGUUCUCUUGUAUUGACAGUAGAAGAAAAUGCUACUUAUUAAAAUUGCAUAAUACUAUAUUUAUCAAUAAUUGGGGUUAAAACAACUAAUACAAUCUACGUUUUGCCAUAUGAAUUGUAAAUUCCCUAUCUGUUCAACUACAGAAUCCAUAAUACAUUAAUAAUCUUGUGUGGUCUUUACCUACUCACAAGGACGAUAUCUGAUUUUUUCUGUCGUUGAUGUUAAGUAUUUAUAUAACAAAUACAGCAAAUAACCCAUUUACAGGAAAUAGUGUUUCAACACUAUUUCAGUGUUAAUUUAUUUGCAAAACACCAUCAACACAUUUAUUUUAGAAAUGAAUACAUAUUUUUUAUGAAGUUUAUGAUAGUUAUGCAUUGAAAAUUGUAUGAACAAACUAAGGGACCAUUUUUUUAUUUUUUUAUUCUAAUGUGUGUUUAUUCAGGUGAACAUUAAAUUUUAACAUUUGGAACUAAAAUAAGUUUAAUAAAUAAUUAAUAUUCAUUUAGUCGAAUAGUAGCGAUACAUUAUGAUGAUGAUGACGACAAUGAUUAUGAUGAUAAUGAUGUUGCUUUUGCUGCUGCUGAUGAUGAUGAUGAUGACAAUGAAGAUAUACACCAUUUUAUUAGUAUCAAAAUUAUUAUAGGGAUGAUGUGGAUAAUGUUUAUUCGAAGAUCAUGUAAUGAUGAUAGUAUAAAUGAUGGUGAUUAUUGUAAUUUUCAGUGCAUGUUUUGGUAUUUUGUCUUAAUUUUCAUUAUCUACUUCUAUAUGCAUAUGCCGUUGGAAGUGAUUGCUUUAAGUUUAGAAAAUUAUAAAAAUAUGUGAUAUUAUGAUAAAAAGUGCCACGGUCGCCAAAGCGAAAUUUUCAAUUGCACACUUUCUGUUCUUUAACCUAAUGUGUAACAAUAAUAAAAGUAAAAUUUU